CGGACCCCAAUAUUGGAUUUUAAGUAGGCCAGGCCUGGUAACGAUCCCAACUGUUUACUGUUAUAGGUCUAGGUUCCCAAGAUUUGUCUCCAACUUUCAAGCUACUUGACUUGAGAGAGCGCGGAGAGCCGGGGUUCGUCCCAGGACUCUCUCCAUCCUCUCUCUCCACACUUGAGGAGCUCUAUCUCUAUACACAAUGUAAGACACUACAAUUUUUUGGGGCAAUGCCAUCUCCGCUAUCUUCACAAUCUGGGCUAGACCACCGGGCGAAAAGGAACCGGGCUCUUCGUGAAUCGUUAAAUCUAUGUUCUAUCAUAUAGGGAGCCUAUCCUCCUAACGAAGACGUCAUGCUCAUCGACAAAGUCGUACUCGAGUCCCUUCCCUAGAACUGAUCACCAUCCCGUUAAGACAUCGGACUCUGGUGGUGCAACCCGACGAUCGGAUACAACAAUUCAACCCUCUAACUGUAUCCUUCGGUAGCAAUGCAUGCUCCUAAAUCCAGCUCGGUGGCUCUGGUCAUGCCAGCGAGCAGCCUUGACACGGAACACUGGUGGAGGCACAAGAAUCUGCGCACGCUCAACCUCCUCCUCGUUUUCCCACUACUCUCUAUCUUCACUUAAGGGCCGUUGAAUCCUGGAAACUCUAUUUUGGAAACCCAAAGGGGUUGACCUUAGGCUUGUUCAAUACCGCCUACCCUAUCGGUGGCCUAUGCGCAAUUCCAUUUAUCUCUUUCGUGAGCGAUGGAUAUGGCCGCCGCGCUGGUCUUGCACUUGGGGCAACUCUCUGCUGUAUUGGAGCAGCCCUUCAAUCUGGUGCCGCGAACCUGCCAAUGUUUGUCGUGGCGCGAGGUGUUCUUGGCUGUGGUACUGUCUUCCUUGGCUCCUCCGGUGCCCCCUUAAUCACCGAGAUCGCCCAUUCACACCACAGAGCAACCGCAACGGCGCUCUUCAACACAUCAUACGCGCUCGGUUCCAUUAUCGCGGCUUGGACUACAUUUGGGACAUUCCGCAUCGUUGGGAGUGCAGCGUGGCGUAUCCCUUCCGCCCUUCAGGGUCUCCCAUCCGUAAUCCAGCUUCUUGGCCUAUGGUGGGUUCCUGAGAGUCCGCGUUGGUUGAUCUCCAAGGACCGCAGUGAAGAGGCGCUCGAAUUCUUUGUCAAAUACCAUGCCGAAGGAGACGAGAACGAUCUCCUAGUGCAAUUCGAAUACGCCGAAAUCCAGAGUGCUCUUGCCUAUGAGAGAAGCAUUGAUCGGGGAAGUGCAAUCAAAAACUACCUUGAAUUCUUGUCAGGAAAUGCAUUCAUCUCAUAUUACCUCUCCCCAGUUCUCACCUCUGUUGGCCUCACCACCUCUCUCGAACAAACUCUAAUCAACGCGACCCAACAAAUGCUGUCCUGGGUCUCAGCUCUAUACUUCGCCACCCUUCCUGGCAAAGUCGGCCGCCGCGUUCUCUACCUCUCUUCCCUCUCCUGCAUCUUCCUCUGUCUCGUCUGCAUCACCGCCGGUUCAGCCGUCUUUGCCUCAAACCCGAACAACAAAGCCGCUGACAGCGCCGUAGUCGCCUUCCUCUACCUCUUCUCCCCCGCCUACAACCUCGGCCUUAACGGCAACAACGGGCUCUACAUCACCGAAAUCCUGCCUUUCAGCUUACGCAUGCGUGGCCGGGAUUGCUACCAUCUCUUCUCGACCUGCUUUACCCUCCUCACGACCUACGCGUUUUCGGUCGGCCUCCAGAACUUAGCGUGGAAGUUCUACCUCAUCUGGGUCCCGUGGGUUCUCGUGGAGAUCUUUGUUGUUUGGCUUGCAUUCCCUGAGACGAAGGGGCCAUCCCUCGAGGAGAUUGCUAUCAUUUUCGAUGGUCUACAGGCAGGAGGGUUAGAUACAGAGAAGUUGGAGGUGGAGAUCGAGCAAGAAGAGGUAAAAAAAACCGUAGACGUUGCAAAAUGA